AUGAUUGUACUUUUAAUUCUCAGUUUUGCCAAUCGUCUAUUGGUUAGAGCAUGUCCUAUUCUUCUUGAGGAGGAUACUGAAUUUGAAAAUAAUUGUAAAAUUCCUGCAUUUAAUGGAACUUUGGAAUGUUCAUUUGAAGUGUCAAAUGAGUGGAACUUUCUGGAAUUCAGAGAAUGGAUAGACAACUUGAAAAAUAACGUUACACUUGAACUUACCUGCUUGAAAAAUGGAACAGUGUUUUUACCUGCUCCUUUCCGAGCCAGGAAUCUUCGGAAGCUUUACGUAAAAAAUUGUGUGAUUGAUGGCUAUCAUUCUGAAAACUUUGUAAUAUCAAAAUAUCCUGACUAUAUGUCAUACUUAUCUCUCAUAGAUGUUGUAAUUCUUAUUGACCCUAUAGAAAUAGCUGGAAGGAGUGUAAAUAAAUCUCAAUUUCUGAAAUCUGACUACUGUGGACAGGAAACACUUCUGGGUUUUGUCGAAAGAAACGUAUCUGAAUUGACGGUGUUGAAACCAAAUGUUACACACGAGGAUAUGAUCGUUAUGAGCAAGUUUUUAGAUGAUACAAUGAAAAAGGUUGAAAAUAAGAACCAUACGUGCAAUUUUAAAAAUAUGAAAUAUAUUGAGCACUCGGACAUGGAUAUAAUACGUCCCAUAUUUUUUGACUCUAUCACAAAGAAAAAAACAUAUCCGAGUCUUGAAAACUUUAAUUUCUCUUCAAAUUCGUUAUCAGAAAUCCCCAGUCAUCUUAGUCACUGGUGGCAUUAUUUUCCUCAGUUAUUACACAUAGAUCUCUCCAACAACAAUAUAAGAAACUUUUCCUUUGAACAACCUGAUGCUAAACCGAGUAACGUGACAAUCGACCUCAAACAUAACUCCAUAACAAGUGUGCCAUGGGACCUGUCCCUGUUAACAAUUGGGAAAACAGUGAUUGUGGUUGAUCUUUUGGACAAUCCCAUUCACUGUGAUAGUCGCGCUUGCGUACUCUCCAAGUAUCUGAACGAUCUCCCUCGGCUGGGUUUUACAGGUGAAUUCCUUGAUAUAAAGUGUCAUUCACCAAAGGAUAUGGAAGGGACGAAGGUUAAAACACUCUUCAACUCCACAUUUUGCAAAUAG